ACGAUUUCCCUUCUCCACAGGACUAAAGUAAAAUAGAGGGACAUCUCUAUCAAAAAUGGAAAAUGGUGUCUGGAAUACAUUGAAUAAGCUAAAGACCAUGAUGACAGCACCCAAGGCACAGUCUACUAGUGCCAUGCAACUAUCACAAUUCAACGAGUGCUGGCUAAGGGUCCAGGCUGCAAUUUCCACACCCGAGAAAAGAAAACUAGACAUCCAACAGACCAAAAUCCCAGUUCAUCUAAAGAAUAUGAUCGACUCACUUGUAGUUGAGCAAUCUCGUCUGGAUGAUGUUACGGAGACAACAGGAGUCUGCAUGGAAUACCUCCUCAAGAAUGACUGUUUAACCAAACUAGUCAAUGCUUGCGCGGAGGGCGAUAGCCCACGUGGGAUCGUGAUCGAGACCAUUCGUACUAUAGCAUCUAUGAUCAACCUGCUCUAUGACCGCUUUUUAGUUCACAAUGCCGUUCAUAGGCCGAUCGUCAAAUUAUUGAGGACAUGCUGUGCCUCUGGGACAGAAAUGGAAGGCAAUGAGGGCUACCAUGAGGAUUUGGUUGACUUGAUGUAUGUUCUUUGCUCCAGGAUUCAUGGGUACCCUGAACUCCUCAACAUCUUCUUCCACGACAAACAAUGGCAGACAGUAUCCACGAGAUUUGUAGAUGCACAAAGACUUCAGAAGAACAGGGAGACGAAUGCGCUCCUGAAAAGUAUAAGUCAGCAUUCAGAUUCGACGUUUACAAACUUGGAUAAUGACUCGCCUCCGAAACCUGCAGCAGAACCUAUAAUGUCUGGGGGAAAAGGCGGUCCUAUAUUCGAUGACAAGGUUGACAUGGAUUUCCCGUCAAAUUUUUCCGAUUAUUCAUCAGAUGGCACAGAAUCAACAAAGACAAAAUGUCCACCCAAGAAGGAGUAUGAAUUUUUGCUCUUCACCUAUCUUUCAAAAUUUGUGCAUCACGAAGGCAAAGUAGGCGAUUUUGCGAGAACAGGACUUCUAUUUUUGAUGGAGCUUGCAACAGGCUCACUAGGCGAGUAUAUCCAGGAUUCUGAAUUCGCCACAUAUCUGAUCGCAGGUAUAGGUGCUCUUUAUUCACAGCUGCCUCGGAAACUCAUCGUCAAAGGCGGCUCCAGUAAUAAUAAUGGAAAAGUAGCACCAGCGCCCAUGGUUCCCUCUCGACGAGCUAAUAUUGAAUUAUCGACCUCUCCUGCGUUUCGAUCUCGCCUGGAUGCUUUUUUGAAGGCCCUUGAGUUUUGUCAAGAUAUACUUGUACGAUGCCCAAACACAGCGAUUGCGAGGACUUUGUUGACAUCGUUCAAGGUAGUAUUUUUGGAAAGCAUUCUAUACCCAUCCAUCAUGGAGUGCGCAGACACAGAUGGAAGUGCAGUAGCAGUUAUCAGUUACAUCGACCAAAUUCUGCAAACGUUGCAACAUGAAGCUUUCGUAGAUUUAGUGGUAGGGUUCCUGAUGGAAUCUGAAGACGAUUUGGAGAUGCAUGGAAAGCUGUCUGAAAAUAUGGAGAUAUUUACAGAAGUUCAAAAUCUUCAGACCACAUCACCUUAUUUCACGGCGAUUGGACGAUUCACAUUAAAAGACUUGGUGCUCUCGCGGCUCAAGUCGCAAUCGCAGCCAACAGUGAUUGCAACACUAAAGCUCCUCAAUACACUCAUCACCCGGCAUUGCAAAUAUGCGCUCAAAUUGCUCAGCAUUCAGCCAGAAAAUAGGGCCUUUGACAUCCGGGGUCUAAAUAAUGCCAACUCUUCUGUCCCAGGAUCUUACCAAGAUGUGCCUAUGUUUAAUCAUCACGCCCAUGAACUAGACCUAUUCUACUCGCUUAUCGCCGCUGUCAAUCCCUAUAAUAAUAUUGAAGGCUUCUGCAGUGGCUACGAUGCCUAUUUACGAGAUGCUGAAGGAGCCUUGUGGACACAUGAACGUUUUGGAGAACCAAAUAAUGGCGAUGCUCUGCAGAAUGAUGGCAAAAUAGACUUAGAAGCUGAACGCAAGAAGCAACGGCGACGUAGUAUGAAAUAUGGAGACAGGAUGGAUCUUUCGGAUGGUCAUCAGUCCCUAGAGACACCUGUGCAAGGCCAUGGUAGGAUAUCAAGUACGAGUAGGGCGCCAUCAAGUUGUAGUUGCAGCGCGACCCCAAGGCAUCGACUGCUACCUUCUGAGCCACUACUUCAAAUCCUCUUGGGAAUACUGUCACAUUUUUUUGCCCAUACGGCUGAGCUCAAUAUUGCACUCACGGGGGUGAUCACUUCGUUGGCGGUUUGUCCUAGCCGUUCUUUAGAGGGCUGGUUACUGUUCAAAGCGAGUGAUAUUGAGAAACCCGACAUCGAUUGUGAGUCUGGAGAUGAAUCCGAAGGCGGAAACGGAGCCUAUCAGAAAGCACUAUCCGAGGAAGGAUCGUUUGGCCUUAUUAGCGCCUUUAAUUCGAUAGCGCUCGAAGCGUUGACUGGUGAUGCCUUCUAUGAUUCAGAUGACGAGGACUCCAUGCCUAUCUUCAUAAAGAAUGAAGCGGACGCGCUAUCGCAUUGCCCACCACACUUUAAGUCCUUUCCUCCAUUUUUCACAAUGCUUAGGACGCUCACACAGCAGGUGGACUAUUAUCGAAGCGAAAUCGAUGGGUUUGAUGAUUACCUGGCAGAAAAACGGCGAGUUCUUUUGUGUUCUGACGAAGAUAGCACGAUUAAUAGUACUUCAGUUCUAUCGCAAACAACUCCUUUGAAUAAUCAUCAGCUACUGCUGCCGAACCAUCCAUCUAACAUGGGAAGCAUGUAUGGAUCAAAUGACUCGUUCUUUUCUAUUUCAGGAGACCCUGCAGUAAACCCACGCUUGCCGGUCUCAGCCGUUGUAAGGAGACCAUCCUUAUCCAAUUUGCUUGCAAGUGCAGUGGGGUCAACCAAUCCGAGCGUCGUUGCGGAUGGAAAUAAGGCCGGUACGAACUCUAUAGCUUCAUCCUCAGUGCUACAGCAAGCCAACACUAAGACACCUGCUUCCCCCGGAAGCUCGACCAUGUUUCCCACGUCGAGAGCUAGGAAGAGCAGUUCGCCACUAAGCUUAAUGGCCACGCCGUCCAACCUGCCUUUCAUGGUUCCUCCUGGCAUGAACAGCAAGCAACGGAGGUCUAUCAGCGCCAGUCCCCUUGCAGGAGGUAGUAUUAGCGGUACUGCGGAGGCCCCAGCUAUGCCACGCCGUCCAUCUACAAACGCUGGUACUGAUACUGUUACAGAAGCAGAGAGCCGAGGAUUUUCUUCAACAUCUUCAACGUCACAGAUAAGACCCAGUUCAUUAUCAAAAUCACUGCUAACGAUGUCAGUUACGUCUAGUACGGGGUCGCCAUCUAAACCCACAUCAACCAGUGGUAUGUUCGCCUUUGGUGCUUCCUCUCUUCAAGGACGUAGCAACAUUAGCAACGGGGGCAACAAUGCAACCCACAAUCCGACUAGUACAGUAUCCAUGCUACAGACUCAAACUCGGUCCGAAUCACCUGGAACCAAGCCGUUGAGCAAUAUCAUGGAGACGAUGAUGAUCAGGCCGUUAUUUACAGAUGGUUUUCUGGAUGAUUCAGAUUGUGAGCUUGAAAAUCAUCUACAUAUCAGGGCGAAAUUGAGGGGCGAUCAAGAAGAGAGUGAGGAAGAUAAUGAGGACGAGGACGUGAGCGACAACGAAAGUAAUAGCAGCAGCAAUGAUAAUAGUGACACUAGUAAUACCAAUAGAGCCCACAAAGCCAGCACCGUAAAUGAAGCCGAAUUUAAAGCGCAGGAGCCUUUGAAUCAUCAAAUAGCGGGAGCAGAAGUAGGAAUAGGAGGAGGAGGAGGAGGAGGAGGAGAAGCAGGAGGAGGAAGAAGUAUUCACAUGGAAAUUAAACGUGACAUAGCCGACUCUUCACUCCCUCCUACCAUUAUAUCUAAUACAAGAAAGACAAGGAGAGCAAGAAAGUCAUCGACUCCUGUCCAAAAGAAUACGGUUCAAAAGGAAAAGAUGGUGACCCUUAGUCAAUUACUGACGAAUGUAGUGAUUCUGGAAGAAGUGGUCAAAGAAGUUGUUGCGAUUGCACAGGUGCGUAGAGCCAUAGGUCUAGACAAAGUACGCUUUCUAUAGACCAAACAAAUAUAUAUAAAUAUAUAUAAAAUUGCUGAGCAA